AGCCGGUGACAUGCCACUGAUACCGAUCGUACGGACGCUGAUCAUAUCCAGAAUCUUCUUCAAUUUUUAGGAACCAUGUGGUGCGUACUUAGCCGCUUAUCAAAAGGACGACGUCCUUCUCCUUCCACUUUCUAUAAGUUUCCCAUAUGCCAUAGUUGUACAACUCCCUCCUUCACUCUCUCAACCUAACGCAACUCUUUCAAAGGUACCAAAAGUUGGGAUUCUUUAACCUUCAUGCUUGUUGAGGUUCAGUUUAUAUUGGGUAGAUUCUGUUGAAGGAUAAAUGGUCAUGGAGUCACGAUUUCACGGAUUCUCUGAUUACACCAAUGGUUUUGCAUUGGAUGAUGAGAAUAUCUUGCCCACCUUUGAUCAUUCUCCAUCCCUUGCCACUGGAUACAGAUUCAGGGAUGAACCUUUGGAUCUCAGCUUUUUAGAUCUUCCUUCUCCUGCACCCAACCAUGAUCCUGUUACUCUCAAUGCAUUCCCAGGCAUGCCUCCACAAGUGCACUCUACCGACGAGUUUGCUGAUUGUGUUUCUAGGUAUCUAAACGAGUUUCUUGUUGAAGAGGAUAUGGAAAGCAAGCAAAGUACGUUCCAUAACCCUUUCACUCUGCAAACAUCUCCUCUCAACUUUGGCCCGAAUGUCGAAAGCCCGGAGGAGGUCCUCUAUGGAAGUUCCAGUGAGUACAGUACAUACAGCAGUACAAGUGGUAGCAAUUUCACUGAUCCUCGAUGGCUUGGUAGUAGUGAUUCAUUUGAGACCAAAUCCUCAGUUACACAAACUCAUUCACGUGAGUACCCUUCUUUUGGGUACACCACUAGACUCACUAAUGAUGUUAAUGACACAAUGGAUUCAUUUAUAAACACACAAAUGGCCCAAAACAUAUUCACCAAUAGCGAGUCUAUCUUGCAAUUCAAGAGAGGGAUGGAAGAAGCCAGUAAAUUCCUUCCUCCUAGUAAACCUCUAUUUAUUGAUUUGGGUAAAUUUGACUUGCCAUCGGAUUCGACUGAUGCUUCUCUGGAGGUUGCAGUGAAAGUGGAGAAGGUUGAGAUGGAUAACUCAUCCAUUGGGUUCAGGGGAAGAAAGCAUCAUCAUUUGGAGGAUAAUGAUUAUGAGGAUGAAAGGAGUAGCAAGCAGUCUGCAGUUUAUGAGGAAGAAGCCGAGUUGUCUGAGAUGUUUGACAGAAUUCUUCUUUGUACUAAUGCUAAAGGUGAGCCUAUGCCUGGUUGCGGAGACCCACCUAAUCACUUGAGCAAUAAUUUGCGCCAUGUUUAUAGUGGCUGGAAUGCUCCUUCUUGGGGGCCAGCUAUUACAAGUGACAGUGUCGACGUUAAAACUCUGUUGCUCAACUGUGCGCAAUCUGUUGCUGCUGAUGAUUAUAUGAUUGCAAAUGAACAAUUGAAACAGAUAAGACACCAUGCUUCUCCUUCUGGUAAUGCUUCACAGAGGUUGGCUCAUAUGUUUGCUCUUGGUCUAGAGGCACGCUUGUCUGGUACUGGUUCGCAGCUUUAUGCAUCUCAAAAGGUCAUGAGGGUCUCAGCUGCCGAGAAACUGAAAGCAUUUCAGGCUUAUAUGUCAGCUUGCCCUUUCAAGAGCAAUGAGCUUUACUUUGCUAACAGAACGAUUUACGAAACAGCUCUAACAUCGUCAACCCUUCAUAUUGUAGACUUUGGUAUAGGGUAUGGUUUUCAGUGGCCCAUCCUUAUCAAGCACCUGGCAAACAGACCUGGUGGGCCACCUAAAGUUAGGAUUACUGGAGUAGACCUCCCCCAAUCUGGUUUUAGGCCAGCAGAGAGGGUAGAGGAGACAGGGCGUCAGUUGGCCAAUUACUGUGAGCGAUUUAAGGUUUCGUUUGAGUACGAGUCUAUAGCGGCCCAGAAUUGGGAGAUGAUUAAAAUUGAAGAUCUGAAGCUCCAGAGAAACGAGUUCCUUGCUGUGAAUGCUCUUGGUCGAUUUGAGAACUUGCUUGAUGAGACAGUGGUGGCAAAUAGUCCAAGAGACGGGGUUCUAAAGUUGAUUAGGGAUAUGAAACCAGAUAUUUUUGUUCAUUCAGUUGUUAAUGGUUGUUAUAGUGCUCCAUUCUUUGUUACUCGCUUCAGGGAGGCCCUUUUUCACUACUCUUCUCUGUUUGAUAUGCUUGAUGCAACAUUAGACCGUAAGAAGGAACAAAGACAGAAUUUUGAGAAGGCGUUUUAUGGGCGUGAAGCUAUGAAUGUGAUUGCAUGUGAAGGUCCAGAGAGGGUGGAGCGGCCUGAGACCUACAAGCAGUGGCAGGUCCGAAACUUAAGGGCUGGGUUCAAGCCUAGACGCCUGGACCGUGAGCUUGUCUCCCAAGUGAAAGGUAAGGUGAAGGCGGGGUAUCACAAAGAUUUUGUUUUUGAUGAAGAUGGAAAAUGGAUUGUACAGGGAUGGAAGGGGCGGAUUCUUUACGCUAUUUCAUGUUGGGUACCAGCCUAGGAGGCUUGAAACUCUUUUGAGUUGAUCAAAGGUAUGGUCUUUGACUUUAGAAUCUUAGAUGAUUAAAUUUGUGACCUUAUUCUAAAAUUUGUUAAUUGAUACUAGUAGUUGUUACCUCAGUGUUUUAUGAAAGUUGAAUGGAUUUAGAAACAUUUGUGCAUGCAGUCAGUGGUUGAUUAGAAUCA